CUGGAUUUCGAUCAAAAGUUAAGAAAUCUACAUAUCCCUUAAGCUGCGAAGAAAGCCGCCGCAUUUUGUAAUAAACUCGCUGGUUGGGAGAUUCAGAGAGCUGGGAACCUGCAACUCCCCAUCGUCCCUCAACAAUCAUCCUUAGCAUGGUGCACCGCCUGAUUUUGCUGGUAAUUCGCCCUUCUUCUAGCUUGCUCCUGAUUCUUCCCUUUUCAGUCUAGGGUUCACUUGGUGAAUGAAUGAUGCAGGGGAUGGUAAUGUGCUGCUGAUUCUUCCUUCUCUAUUUUACUCCGCCCAGCUUGCUCUUCGGGGUUUUUUUUUUUUUUUUUUUUUUUGAAGGGAUUGUUCUUUGGUUUUGAGUCCAGGGUUUACUUGCGAAUGAAUGGUGCAGGGGAUUACUCUGUCAUGCUUGUUCUUCGGAGGCUUUUUUUAAGGAAUUGUUCUUUGGUUUUGAAUCCAGGGUUUACUUGCGAAUGAAUGAUACAGGGGAUUAUGAUGUGCUGGUGAUUCUUCCUUCUCUAGUUUACUCUGCCGGGGUUUUUUGUUUAAGGGAUUGUUCACUGUUCGGUUUUGAGUCUAGGGCUUACUUGUGAAUGAAUGGAACAGGGGAUGAUAAUGUGCUGGUGAUUCUUCCUUCUCUACUUCACUCUGCCAUGCUUGUUCUUCGGUUUAUUGUUUUAAGGGAUUGUUCUUCGGUUUUGAGUCUAUGGUUUACGUUGUGAAUGAAUGGUACAGGGGAUUAUUAUGAUCUGGAGGAUUAUUGAAAGAGCAAUGAUCAUCGCUACAAUGGUAGCUUUAUCAGGUUUCCUGAUCAUGCUCUCACUCACUGCUGGGCUGGACGCACUGUCCUUCAGCUACAGCAGCUUCGAUCAAUGCAGCGACUCCAUCAAGCUGUACGGAGAGGCAUCUUGUAUGAAUUCUGGGAUUCAACUGACCGGCUUCGGAUAUUACGUGAUCGGCCAGGCCAGAUACUCCAAACCAAUGCCCCUCUGGGACGCCACCACGGGCAGUGUUGCCAAUUUCACUACCACUUUCAUCUUCGAAAUCGCCAGUAACAACAAUGGCAGUAUCAGCGAAGACGAGUCCUCGUGCUGUGACGGCUUGGCAUUCUUCCUGGCACCGCAAAACUACAGCAUCCCAGUGGGCGGGGGAGCCAGCGGAGGGUUGGGGCUUAUAUAUGCUAACCUCACUUAUGACUCCGCCUCGGAAAAUCCAUUCGUGGCGGUUGAGUUCGACACCUACAACAACGAGUGGGAUGCUUGGAACGGCAGCAGCCAUGUGGGAAUUGAUAUCAACUCUCUGCAGUCUGUUGCCAGUAAGAGAUGGAGGAGGCAUUAUAAUGGCAAGGGUACUCGUCGAAUGCGUGCACGAAUUUCAUACGAUAAGGAUGCCAAUACUCUGUGCGCAAGCUGGUUCAGUAGUAGGGAUAAUAGUGGCCAGUUCAAGUUCGACGAUACCCUUUGCUAUGGAGUUGAUUUGACGCAUUACUUGCCGGAACAAGUAGUCUUCGGCUUCUCCAGCUCAACCGCUUGGAGGUCUCAGUCUCACACCAUCAGUUCCUGGUCCUUUUCCUCUUCCAAUCUAGUCACAGCAACGCCAACUGGUUCAUCUGCAAGAAAAGACAGAAGCGAUGGCGAAAAUGGUCACUUGACAAUGGGACUGUUGAUCGGAAUGUUACUGGCCGGUCUUGCUCUUGUAGCAGUAUGGUUCUGUGUGUGCAGGCGUGUCUGUUGGAGGAGGAAUGCGGACCAAAGUCCUUUGGCUAAGCGCGAAUUGCUUAUUGCUCCCUUGCGUGGUGGUAGCCAGGGGCAAGAGCAAGACAUCACUAGUGCUGGUAGUGUUAGUACCAUGCGAGGACCUCGGCUUCUACACAGGAUCAAUCCCGGAGCGAAAUACAUCUCACCAGAGGCGGUUCGUGGAGCAACAAACAAUUUCAGUGAGAUGUUGGGGAGAGGCGGGUUCGGAGCAGUAUAUAAGGGAGAACUUGACGGUAGAGACAUUGCAGUGAAGAAACUGUUCCAGGUGACGGCGGCUAGAGGCAACAAGGAGGGGUACAUGGCAGAGUUAACGGUGAUAUCACAGUUGAGGCACCACAAUUUGGUUGAACUACUUGGAUGGUCAUGCGACGAGUCGGGUGACCUCUACUUGGUCUACGAAUACAUGGAGAAUGGUAGCUUGGAUGAUCAUCUACGCAGACAUGGGCCUGGCCAGCAACCGCUCACAUGGGAAAUCAGAUUCCGAAUCGCCAAGGAUUUGGGUUCGGGGCUACUCUACUUGCACGGAGGGUGCACAGAAUGUGUGCUGCAUAGGGACAUCAAGCCCGCUAAUGUUCUGCUGGAUUCUCGUUUGAGAGCCAAGCUAUCUGAUUUUGGACUGGCUCGCGUGGUGGGACACGACGACCGCUCCCAGUCCUUGAUCUCCGGGAGCGAGGGGUACCUCGCUCACGAGGUUUUGGAGACUGGGAAGUCAACGAAACACUCCGACGUCUUCAGUUUUGGGGUGGUGGCUCUGCAAAUCGUUAGCGGGAAGCCCGCGUAUGUCAUCAACAAUUCAACCCAGCGUCGUCACAUUGUGGAGUGGGCUUGGGGUCUAUAUGGGGAAGGUCAUGUUCAAGCUGUUGUCGACCCUAAGCUACAUGGUGUGUUUGUGGAGGAACAGGUCCGUCUUUUGGUUCAAGUAGCUCUUCACUGCACUCACCCAGAUCCUUCCCUCAGGCCUCCGAUGAAGGACGUCAUGGAUGCGCUGAACGUCAGGCCUGGAUUGCCCCCUCUGCCAUUGCAAUAUCCCAUCCAUCGUAGCUCCCAGGCAGAGCUGCUCCCUUCGCUGUCGCGAAUCCUUGAACAAUCGCAGCAGACGGUUGUUUCCUCUCUGCUGCAGCAGCAGCAGCAGCCAGUACCAUCAGGAGUUGUUCCACCGGCACAGGAUCAGAUUGGCAGCUUUGAUCAGCCUGUCACAAGUGUUCUUCGAGCUCAGGCAGCUGCUUCCCGUCUCUAUUGCACGGUCUAGGACUGCAGUUUCCUGGUGCGGUCGUUGCUGCAUGCGCUCUUUCAUUCAGCAAACUCCAAUGGAUUGCAAAUUGGUAAUUGUGUAUGUAAGUGCAUUCAAUAAGGAUAUUUGUGUAUGAUUUCUGUUACUGCAUAGUUUGAUUACUUAACACCAAUUUUGGUUUGUACGACUUGUGUAUCCUUGUAAUCACCAAUUUUGGUUUGUAUGAGCUGUGUAUCCUUGUAAUCGAUAGUUUUUUUAUACCUACUUUAUCCUAUAGUUUCGAGUAACACUUAUUGGUUCUGGUAAUAGUAACCUUGAUAGAUAUGCAGUUAGAAUGUUUUUUAUUUAUUUAUUUAUUAAUGAGGAAUGACUAAUGAUUAAGAUUUUUUCGAUAAAAGCAAUGAAUUUCU